UUUGUGUCAUCCCGCUGGCAACUAGAAUUUUUGGAAACUGAUCUCGUAAUUAACAUGAUAAAAGUGUAUAUUUUGGUUUUGUUGUUCGGAUUAACGACAAGUGAUCUGUGUGGAGGUGACGAAUGUCAUUCUGGAGGAAAUGCAACGCGGGUGCUGUCUCGAAGCAAGCGGUUUUUAAUUUUUCCUGAAGGAAGCUCCUUCCAAAUGGUAUUCUGUACGCAGACAGCGGCUCUUAUUCCCAUAGGAGAUAUAUUCUUGUUUGCCAACACUGCAGCUCUGGCCUGGGAUUUACCCUCAGAUCCAAAACUUCUGCUAAUGUUUAAAGAGUAUGAAAGAAAACCAAACAGAAGAAAUGAUGAGAAAAGUAUCUAUUACUUGGAUGAAAAUGGCCGUGUUAUAGCUAAGAAGCCGUUUAGAAGGCCCACAAUAGUGAACCCGGCGUUCGCGAAACGCAGCGUGAAUGAAGAGUCAUUUAGAGACAGAUUAAAUGUGAAGAUAGAUCGAAUGAAAAUGCACGAGAGACAUGGACGAGAUUAUCUGAGACACAAUGAAGGCAAUAGUGAAUUUCAUAGAAAUAGUCGCGCAGAGCUAUACCAAAAACUGGAAACAUUAAUUUCAGCGCUGGGUUCCGAUGGGAGGCAGUGCGUACUUCGAAAACUAUGCGAGUCAUCUCGUGCCCGAGGGCAGGGGACAUUCCUACAGGAACUACUUAGGGUUGUCUUUACAUUCCCUAAGGACAAAAAUUCUUCUAUCGAAGAACAUAAAUUGUAUGAUCAAGCUCACGAUCCAUCAAAGGACUGUGAGAUAAUGUAUCCGGGCUGUGAAAAUUUCGACCUCACCUCAUUAUGAUUAGAUAUAGGAUAACAACAUUAAGUGAAAUCAAUUAGAACUUAUUGCAUUGUUAAACUUAUUUUUGCUCAACCGUUUAAUAUAAUUUUAUCUUUAUUUUGAUAAGUAAGGUUUUAUUUUUAUUUUUCUAUCUACUCCCCAGCCAUUGUGUCUAGGGACUUUUUCUAUCUCUAAAAUUAUUAUCAAAAGAUACAAUAGAUUAAUUACAGUAAAUUAGUUUACAAAUGGUGUGUCUCGCAUCUCGCGAGAUGCCCGACUACAUCGGUAAUAUUUUUUAUUUACAUUAUUCAUGGGCGAGAUAUAGGAUAACAUAAGAUUCAGUCAAAUCAAUUAGCACUCUUGCAUUGUUAAGCUUAUUUUUGAUCAACCAUUUGAUAUAAUUUUAUGUUUAUUUUGAUUAAGAAAGGUAUGCCAGUAAUUUUGUAGUCUCAGUCCUGAUCGUUCGAGCCCCAGUAUAUCGAUUUCUUUUCUAUUUUUUCCGACACAGAAUGAAAAUGUUUUAAAGUAAUUAUUACAUAUGGCGUAAUUUGGCAUAUAAGAAAAAAUAUAACCUCCCCAUGCCACUAUGGGUCUUUGGGAUGUCAGAAAAUAUACUAAAUGUGCAACUGUGUCAGUUUUAUAGAUAUUUUUAAAAGUAGUUAACAUUCAUAGUGGACUUAAGUAGUACUUAUAUUUGUCCAACCGUUAUAAAUGCUUUUAGGGAAUGUAUGUCGUAUAUGUCAUGUAUGUCAUGAAUCCGAUAUUCAUGUAUCAUCUUAUAGAAAAUACAGUUUAGCAUUAAUAAUUUAAUAUGAGAAAAUGUUAUAAAUUUACAUUAUA